CAACAGGCCCAGGGCUCCGUGAUGUCAAGGCGGGUGCUGAGGAAGGGGAGGAGGAGGGGCCGGGCUGUUUUUCGGGAGAGUUAGAGCUCGGGAGACAAAGCAGCUGGCGGGCCAGGCAGGCGCCAUGGAGCUGCGGUCCCCGGUCCUUCUCUGGCAACUUGUGCUUCUGCAGAGCUCUGCUGUCCUUCUGUCCUCAGGCCUGUCUGGGCCCGACAGCUCUGUGGUGUCCGAGUCCGCAGUGAGCUGGGCAGCGGGAGCCCGCGCCGUGCUGCGCUGCCAGAGCCCGCGCAUGGUGUGGACCCAAGACCGGCUGCUUGACCGCCAGCGCGUGGUCCACUGGGACCUCAGCGGCGGCCCGGCCGGCGGCCCCACGCGCCGACUCGUGGACAUGUACUCGGCCGGCGAGCAGCGCGUGUACAAGCCGCGCGACCGCGGGCGCCUGCAGCUGCCUCCCUCCGCCUUCCACGACGGCAACUUCUCGCUGCUCAUCCGCGCGGUGGAGGAGACAGACGAGGGGCUGUACACCUGCAACCUGCAUCACCAUUACUGUCACCUCUACGAGAGCCUGGCCGUACAACUCCUGGUCACCGACAACCCCCAGGCCGCCGGCGCGCACUGGACGGGCGAGAAGGAGGUGCUGGUGGUGGAGCGCGGCGGGCCCGCGCUGCUGACCUGCGUGAACCGCGCGCACGUGUGGACCGACCGGCACCUGGAGGAGGCGCAGCAGGUGGUGCACUGGGACCGGCAGCCGCCCGGGGUGCCACACGACCGCGCCGACCGCCUGCUCGACCUGUACGCGUCGGGUGAGCGCCGCGCCUACGGGCCGCCCUUCCUGCGCGACCGCGUGGCGGUCGGGGCGGACGCCUUCGCGCGUGGCGACUUCUCGCUGCGCAUCGACCCGCUGGAGCCCGCAGACGAAGGCACCUACUCCUGCCACCUGCACCACCACUACUGCGGCCUGCACGAGCGCCGCAUCUUCCACCUGAGAGUUACCGAGCCCGCCGCCGAGCCGCCCCCGCGGGACUCGCCGGGCAACGGCUCCAGCCACGGCGGCGCGCCCGGCCCAGACCCCACGCUGGCACGCGGCCACAGCGUCAUCAACGUCAUCGUCCCCGAGGGCCGGGCACACUUCUUCCAGCAGCUGGGCUACGUACUGGCCACCCUGCUGCUCUUCAUUCUGCUGCUCAUCACUGUGGUCCUGGCCACCCGACAGCGCCGCCGCGGAGGCUAUGAAUACUCCGACAAGAAGUCCAAGUCAAAGGGGAAGGACGUGAACGUGGCGGAAUUUGCUGUGGCCACAGGGGACCAGGCUCUUUACAGGAGUGAGAACAUCCAACUCGAUUACAAAAACAACAUCCUCAAGGAGAGGGCUGAGCUGGUCCAUAGCCCCCCGCCCCCCAAGAACAUCGACUUGGACAAAGAAUUCAGGAAGGAGCACUGCAGAUAAGGUGAUCCUGGGCUCCUGGCUGGGCCAGCAGCUCUGCCAACUCCUGUCUGUCCACCUCAGAGGACUCCUGACCCCAUACCUGGCCCCCCUUCCAGCGGCUGGUCCCGCUGUCCUGGAACUUGGCUCGGACUCGUGCCGAAGGAGGCUGCCUCUAGACGCCUCUCCUCACGCCCAAGAGUGGGCUCCUUGGGACUCUGCCGGGGCUGCAGCCAUGCCCCCUGUGGCCGCCCUUGGCCCAUGCCCUUCCCUCCUGGCACAGCCCAGACCCCACUGAUGUGCACCAAGUCCCCAGGCUCUCCUGGCCUCUGCCCGCAGAGCUGGGGAAGGGCAGGAAGGCACUCUUGGAGGGGGUUUGGUGGGGAUUCCUGGAGCUGGCGUCAGCCGCAGGGCUGGCACUCCCACCCCUUCCUUUACCAGCCAGGCUGCCCUGCCGAGGGCUCUGCAUGGGAUGAGGGCUGUGCAUCCCGGGUGGUGUCCCUCUGCGCUGUGUCCAGCCACCUGGGGCUGCCCUGGGGCCCCGUCUCUGCCUCCCACCCUUCCCCAGCCCUGUUUCCAUCAAGCUGCCUUGACAGUCACUGGGCUCCACGUGACUUUUUUUUCUUUUUUGCUUUUUAGGGCCACACCCACAGCAUAUGGAGGUUCCCAGGCGAGGGGUCUGAUUGGAGCUACAGCUGCUGGCCUGCACCACAGCCCCAGCAACUCGGGAUCCCAGCCGUGUCUGCAACCUAUACCACGCCAGAUCCUUAAACCACUGAGCGAGGCCUGGGACCGAACCUGUGUCCUCAUGGAUGCUAGUUGGAUUCGCUUCCGCUCUGCCAGAAUGGGAACGCCUUUGUGUGACUUUUGACCCUGACCCUCUUCCCUUAAGCCCCUCCCUGCCCCAGAGUCCGGGGAUGAGGCCUCAUCUGACUUCUUUUUUUGGCUGCGGACAGGAGGGAGUGAGGGUGGCUUGGGAGUGGCCAGUCCUGCCACUCCUGCCUCCCACGUCUGCUCAUCCUAGGGAACUGCCACCAUCACAAUAAAGACCACAUCUGACUUUUA